AGGCACUAAACAGGCUAGACUUUUGAUUGUUGCUUCCACUGACCUGAACACACUUUUCUGGAGAAAGUCGGCUACCAUCAGUCAUUGGUGCUCGCCCCUCGCUGUUUGAAAACUUCCUCAGAUUACUUGUGCUUUACAGAAAUUAUCUGCUCAGCAGCCAUGCAUCAUUUAUAACAAUCUCUGGCAAAACCUCAGAAAAAGAUACGCUCUUGUCUCAUCGGGCAGAGCGCAGUGAAAACACUCCCCAGGCUGCGGUGACUGCGACAGUGGGACAGCCUCGUGGAACUUGCUUCUCCGAGAGAGUAUGACCCAGUUAGAAAGGAAGCAAGAGUCACAAGCCAAACACAGUCACCGGUGAAACCAGAGAGGGGCUCCUGCAGGAUCUAGGGAAGCAGCUGGAUUCGGGCUUCUCCGCAGGACAGCAGAUCUCUCCCGGCUGUCCAGCUGUCCAUCGUGGGGAGAGGAAAUGGCCCAUGAAGUGGACCUGGAGUCCUUUAAGGAGAUGGAACAGGAGGUCAUUCUCGGGGUCCUAUACCGAGAUCAGGCUGUUCAAAGCAUGGAGAAGGAAAGGGUCCGGAAACUGAAAACACACCUGCAGCAUCUUCGGUGGAAAGGGGCAAAGAGCUCGAGUCAGGAGUACAAGGAAAAGUGCUGUGCACGCUGCCAGCGGGUUCUAGGUGUGCUGCUGAACCGCGGGGCCGUGUGCCAGGGCUGCAGCCACCGUGUGUGCUCUGAGUGCCGUGUAUUCCUGCGGAGGACACACACAUGGAAGUGCACAGUGUGCUUUGAGGACAGAGUUGUGAAAAUCAAAACUGGAGAAUGGUUCUUCGAGGAGCGCGCCAGGAAAUUCCCAACUGAAGGCAAACAUGAGACUGCUGGGGCAAAGCUCCUGCAAUCUUAUCAGAGGCUGAGCAAAAUCUCUGUGGUCCCUCCUACGCCACCACCACUCAGUGAGAGCCAGUGCAGCGGCAGCCCUGGCAGGUUACAGGAACUUGGUCACUUUAGAGGAUUUAAUAAGUCCGUGGAAAACUUGUUUCUGUCUGUCACCACCCAGAUGAGAAAGCUCUCCAAGUCCCAGAAUGAUGUGACUUCUGAGAAGCACCUUCUGGCGAUGGAUCCCAGGCAGUGUGUGGUCCCCACAGAGAGGCGGAGCCAGUCAGACACAGCCGUCAAUGUCACCUCCAGGAAAGUCAGCUCACCAGAUAUUCUGAAAGCCUUCCAUCAAGAAGAUCCCAAACACCCUCCCAGCCCUGUUUUGAAGCAAGACCCUCUCCCAGCCAGUCCGACACACAGCUCUGUCUUCUCUGGAGGCCUAAGACACGGAAGCUUAACUAGCAUCAACAGCACCUGCACGGAAAUGGGUAAUUUUGACAAUGCCAAUGUCACUGGAGAAAUAGAAUUUGCCAUUCAUUAUUGCUUUAAAAGCCGUUCUUUAGAAAUACACAUCAAGACUUGUAAGAACCUCGCCUACGGAGAGGAAAAGAAGAGAAAGUGCAAUCCGUAUGUCAAGACCUACCUUCUGCCUGAUAGGUCCUCCCAGGGAAAACGCAAGACACAAGUCCAAAAGAACACUCUGGACCCGACUUUCGAGGAAACCUUGAAGUAUCAGGUGGAGCUUGCCCAGCUGAUGACCCGGAGGCUGCAGGUCUCUGUGUGGCACCUAGGCACCCUUGCCCGGAGGGUGUUCCUCGGAGAAGUGAUCCUUCCUCUGGCCGCAUGGGACUUUGAGGACAGUUCGACACAGAAUGCCAAGUGGUACCCACUUCGGGCCAAGGCUGAGAAAUAUGAAGACAAUAUUCCUCAGAAUAAUGGAGAGCUUGCUGUACGAGCCAAACUGGUCCUCCCUGCAGGGCCAAGAAAGUUCCAGGAGGCCCAAGAAGGGACAGGAGGUCAGUUAUCAAUUAACGGUCAACUUUGUUUGGUCGUGCUGGGAGCCAAGAAUUUACCUGUGCGUUCAGACGGCACCUUAAACUCAUUUGUUAAGGGCUGUCUCACUCUGCCAGACCAGCAAAAACUGCGUGUGAAGUCACCAGUACUGAAGAAGCAGGCUUGCCCCCAAUGGAAACACUCCUUCGUGUUCAAUGGUGUAAGCAGUUCUCAGCUGAGGCAGUCCAGCUUGGAGCUGACCGUAUGGGAUCAGGCCAUCUUUGGUAUGAACGACCGCCUGCUUGGGGGAGCCAGGCUUGGCUCAAAGGGAGGCACUGCAGGUUGUACGGACUCAUGUUCACAGUCCAAGCUUCAGUGGCAGAAAGUCUUGUCCAGUCCCAACCUAUGGACAGACAUGACCCUUGUCCUGCACUGAGGUGAAGCUUGAGGCGACCGCCUACCUGCAGAGGUAACAGGAUAUGUGAGAUCCUCACAGGCGCAGAGCCACCAGUUCACAAGUAACCAACUACCGAACAAUUACCGCUACCUAGGUAGUCGGGGGAGGUCACUGUCUGGAGUGGAAUGGCUUGAUUCCAAUAAAUGCUCAACAGCGGCCCACGGC